AUAAUUCUCUUCAGUACCGCUCUAUACCCACAUUGGAUUAGAGCGUCACUGUCCGGUACAGGGCAUCAAUCAUCCGAUGCGAGGGACUCGACGCCGGUGAAUAAACGAGUCACAUUUAACAAGAGUUUGGACGGAAUCUUUAUGGGAAAUGGGGGUACCAAUACGAGAGAAGAUUUGGACACGAAAAUCUGUAUUGUUUGGUGUCGGAUUGACAUCUUCCUUAUUCAUAUUUGUUUGAAAUCUCCCGGUGCAAAUCACAGCAGUAGCACGCUAACGCGUUCCAUCGCACUACAUCUGUAGUUGUUGGUCGGUGACAAACUAGCUACCGUUAGUUAGCUGUAACCAGAAUAUGGAUAUUUUUGUAAAGACAAUAGAGAUGAUUGUGCUCUAACGUUUAGCUGAUUUUACGUUAUGACCUGUUAACGUUAGUCCUGUAUUGGAAAUCUGACCGCUAAACCCAUUCCUCUGUAGUCAGUGGUAUCAAGGUGACGGAUGGAAGUAGCUAAGCUAAAGCCACUGGACUUGUGAACCGGUGUAGAUAAACUAACUAUGGCUAAUGCUAUGUGCCGUGGAAUGUUGUACGCUAGCUAGCGACAUAUUGAGUAACUAGCUAGCAGCUACCAUGAAUUAUAUUGUGUUAGCUAACCUCCGACAGAUGUUGGGUGGUAUGUCGGCAAUCAAAUGUAAUAUGUAAUGUAUACCACGGGCUUACACCAUGUAUGUGGUUGGCCUCGUCCUUGUCAACCCCUGUGGUUGACACAAGUAUCGGUUUUUAAAAGCAAACAGCGGGAUAAAAACGCUGUCACCGGGUAGUGGUGCUGAAAAGAAAGAACAUAUUUUCUGUCGCUAGCUCGCUACAGUACUGUAGCAAUGGGAGCUAGCUAGCUAUGUAGCUAGCAGCACAUUAUAGCUAGCUAACCCCCCCCCCCCCCCCCCAGAUUUUAUCAAUGGUGUCUAAUAAAUUUUUAUUCGCAAUAAUUCUAUUAUAUGUGUAUAUAGGUGUACAGUCAUUAUUUUACUUUUUUGGCGGCGUCGUUUUAACUAUUUUGGUUGCUAUGGCAUUUUUAAAUGGACCCAGACUAUUAGACUGGGCGAAUUCACCUCCUCAUCUUCAAUUCAACAAAUACGUCCUGACUGGAUACCGACCAAUAUCUUCUGUCCAAGACUGUGUAAGAAGCCUUUUUUACAUGCACAACGAACUGGGAAACAUAUACACACAUGGUAUCCCUCUGCUCUGCUUCCUGUUCCUCAUCCCGCUCAACUUCCCCUGGUCCCAGAUCAGUGUGACAUGGCUGGGUGUGGUCCACUUCCUGGCCUGUCUGUCCCCCCAGCUGGGCUCUGUGCUCUACCACCUCUUCAUGAACCACGAGGGAGGAGAGCCUGUCUACCACACCCUUCUCACCCUCGACAUGUGUGGCAUCUGCAUGAUCAACACGCUGGGAGCGCUGCCCAUCGUCUACAGCACCUUGCUGUGCUACCCAUUCACCCGCACAGUGGCUCUGCUCGUCUACAUCCUGCUGUCCAGCUACGCUAUCUACUCGGCCAUCACGGCGCGGAGUAGCGUGCGGCGCCUGCGCUCCUUUGCCUGGCAGGCCCUGUUCCGCUUCUCCUUCUUCCUGCUGCGCUGGGUGGGCGUGGGCGGCGGCAGCCCCACCUCGCUGCAACACUUCCUCACCAUGGACGCGCUGGCUGUACUGGGCGGGAUCAUCAACAUCUCGCGCAUCCCAGAGCGCUUCCGCCCGGGGCUCUUUGACUACUGGUGCAACAGCCACCAGAUCAUGCACGUGCUGGUGGUGGGCUCCAUCCUCUACCUGCACUGGGGUGUGCUGGACGACCUGCUCUGGAUCAACAGCCACCACUGUCCCUCAGACUGAGCCCCACCCUGCCUGGAGGGGGACCAGCGGGGAACAGGGUUUAGGACCUCUGGGGGGGGGCUGUUUCAAUAGGUAAUGCUUGGGAAGGGAAGAUGGGAGGUGUUCAUGAAGACGUGCAUGGAAGACCAGAUAAAGUGUUUUACAUAAUAGGGAUUGGUGCAGGCUUUGACACAUGUGCAAGAAUGUUCAUACUGUAUCUGUGUCCACCUUGCCAUUAUACAUGCGUUGCUAUUUAUAUUAGGGAAUAUUGGCUCACUGGUCAACACACACACACACACACACACACGCACACACACACACACACACACACAGCAGAGGAUCUGUGAAGAUUACACACAAAGGAGAUUAAGGAUUUGAUAUCAGAAAUACACAUAGAAAUGUCUACAAACAAAAUCAUGAUAUGCAAGUGAAGUUACACUUGAGCAAUAGUUGAUUUGCUGUUGACUUAUCCUCAUGUGUUAAUUACCAUUUCAACCUAUGUCUUUUAUCAAAGUGGAUCCGUCAAUGAUGCAUUCAUUCUUUCUGAAGUAUUUUUCAGAUGUCAUUCUAUUGCAACCUAUGCAGCACAUAGCAUAUAAACUUCAGAACAAACACACACACCGUACACACUCACAGCGUAGCAUGCAUACAUGCUAGUAAUGCACAAGUAAUGCACAAAGCACUCCCAGACCCGUCACAGAGUCCUAUGGAACUACUUGAGUUACUGUGUAUUAGAGAGGAUAUUCUCCCUCUCAUUAUUUAUUCCAUGUUUGUUUGUCUUUCUCCCUUCUCUCUGGCUUUGUCUGUCUCUCUGUGGUCAGGUAUGGGUGAAGGGUAUGGAUGACUGGCUAUGGCUAACUGGGUAUGGGUGAAGGGUAUGGAUGACUGGGUAUGGGUUAAGGGUAUGGAUGACUGGGUAUGGGUGAAGGGUAUGGAUGACUGGGUAUGGAUGACUGGGUAUGGGUUAAGGGUAUGGAUGACUGGGUAUGGGUGAAGGGUAUGGAUGACUGGGUAUGGGUGAAGGGUAUGGAUGACUGGGUAUGGGUUAAGGGUAUGGAUGAAGGGUAUGGAUGACUGGGUAUGGGUGAAGGGUAUGGAUGACUGGGUAUGGGUGAAGGGUAUGGAUGACUGGGUAUGGGUGAAGGGUAUGGAUGACUGGGUAUGGGUUAAGGGUAUGGAUGACUGGGUAUGGGUGAAGGGUAUGGAUGACUGGGUAUGGGUUAAGGGUAUGGAUGACUGGGUAUGGGUGAAGGGUAUGGAUGACUGGGUAUGGGUGAAGGGUAUGGAUGACUGGGUAUGGGUGAAGGGUAUGGAUGACUGGGUAUGGGUUAAGGGUAUGGAUGACUGGGUAUGGGUGAAGGGUAUGGAUGACUGGGUAUGGGUGAAGGGUAUGGAUGACUGGGUAUGGGUUAAGGGUAUGGAUGACUGGGUAUGGGUGAAGGGUAUGGAUGACUGGGUAUGGGUGAAGGGUAACUGGGUAUGGGUGAAGGGUAACUGGGUAUGGGUGAAGGGUAACUGGGUAUGGGUGAAGGGUAACUGGGUAUGGGUGAAGGGUAACUUGAUAUGGGUGAAGGGUAACUGGGUAUGGGUGAAGGGUAACUGGGUAUGGGUGAAGGGUAACUGGGUAUGGGGGAAGGGUAACUGGGUAUGGGUGAAGGGUAACUGCGUAUGGGUAAAGGGUAACUGGGUAUGGGUGAAGGGUAACUGGGUAUGGGUGAAGGGUAACUGGGUAUGGGUGAAGGGUAACUGGGUAUGGGUGAAGGGGUUCAUUCCUUGGCUUGUUAGUGCUCAUUUUGUUUGAUGCAUUGUGCCAUUGAAAAUACAACCAUUUUGAAUAGGGAAUCAUGACAGAUUAUCCACGUUUACAAUUGCUAUUGUUGAGUUGCAUUAAGUUACUCUUUAUUAUUGGUUGACCUUAAUCUCGUGAGACAAUGCUUUUUAUUUAUUCAUCAAUAUCUAUUUAAAGUGACAAUUCCUCACAUUUAAUUGGUUUUGAAUCCGGAUUAUUAGAAUUAGUUCAUGACUAUUAAGUUAAAAAUAUAUAUUUUGUUGUUGAUUAUUGUAAUCAUGUUUGGCACAUACUGUAGUCAAUGAAAAGGGCACAUAACGUCUUAAAUGAAGAUGCCUAAAACAGACUGGAUGUCUCUCUUUAUAAUACCUGAACAAUAGUUACAAGACUGCAAGAUGGAUCUUGUUGACUGAAAAGGGAAGUUCUUCCACCAAACAGAUACCAAAUGUUUAUUACACUACGGUAUUAGAGAGACCGUUUGUGAUUAGUUUUUUUUAAAUUAGAAUGCACCAUUAUUUUUUGACUACUAGAAACCAGUAGGUUCCCCUGGGAGGGUGGAAAUGGCCGACAGCUAGGCUACUUUCUAGGCUUUUAACUGUCCGAGGCCAGAUAAUGAUUUGGUAUGAGGCACUGCAUUCUAUGCCAAAGCUGGACAUUAUUACUACAUAACAUAGCCCAGUUUGACUCUUUGCACUUUGUUACCCUUAGAGAGGUACAAUAAUGUAGUACCAAGCUGACCUGUGCCGUAUAGUAUUUCGUUAGACAACUGCAACCAAGCAUGAAUGAACCCCUAACCCUCUCACCAUUUUCACAACCAGUAACCCUGAGCAAACUAUUUCUGGUUACUCAGUUUUAAAGUCAAAACUGUUGCCACUAGUUUCUGCACUGGCAUUUGAGUUUAUGCUCUGAGGAACAGUACAAUGUUUACUUUUUGGAUUACUUUUGUGUUUUAUAGAUUUUGUUCAACGAUUGACUGUAUGUGGAAGGUUGAGACCAAGCGGUUUGUUUUAUUAAUCUGCUUUGUUCUGAGGGACCUUUAACCUAGUCGGCCCAUGGACUAGUUAAGUUUGCAUGUUUCUAUGUAACAUUGCACUUUUGUAACCUGGUGCACACACUCACACAUGCCCACUCUAAUAACCACUUCACUCACGAGUUGCCAAAUGAUGUGUCGAGGGCCUCCGUUGUAGCACAUACUUUGCUCACAUUGAGUCAAGGGUGAGGGAGAAUGUCCCAGCCUCUCCCACACAGGCCUCAGACUGCAACCCGACCCUGACUAGUGUUAAACCGUUUCUCAGCCCCCGUAUGAAACCACCCCUGUCAUGGUGAGUACAUUACAGCCAUGGCCCCUUGUAACGUCAUAAGCUGAAAUUGUAUUACAGCGCACUGAAUGAAACUGAUUAUUAAUGCAUGUUAGUAGCUCUCAAACGGAAAGUCAUUGUCUCAUACGAGGACUUUAACUUAGUAUUAGCCAAAUGCUUGUGCAUUGUAACAUAUGACACGUCAUGUGUCAGUCACUCCAGCUAAGAGCUUUUACAUGCUGUCAGGGCAGUGGACCAUGAGUGUUAAGAGAGGAACAUACUACAUACAGUAUAUACUAAUACAGGAAUAUGAGGGACUAGAACAGAGGCAAUACAACUAUAUCAAAUAAACUGCACUGUUUAUUUAUUUUCAAAAGGGCUUUGGAUCAAAGUGAAUACCAGUAAUGAAACUUAUUUAAAGUCCAUGUAAAUACAUGUAUGUAUGUAGAUUAUAUAUACAUACAGUGCAAACAGUAUAUAACGCUGAUACUUUUAUACAUGUAAUUAAAGGAAAGAAAGCAGAACCUGGAAUUCAAUCUGUAUGUCACCUCAGACAAUGCUCUGUGUCCGAGGGAAAAGGGACCUGAGGGGUGGUACUACUGUGUAUUUAAUAUCAACCACAUCCAACCUAUUUACUCAAAUAUGUGAACCCAGAUAAAACGGAUUCUUUUCAGUUCUGUUGUAGAGAUGGGUAACCGUGUGGGUUUUUGAGAGACCCAGGGUUUAAGAAUGCUUUUGCUCGACUAAAUGUACCUCAUAAAAAUAAAAGAUGGGGAAGAUUCAGGGGGGGGGGGGCAUGUAUGAAUACCUCUGAUUACAACUGGAUAUCUAUGCAUUAUCAGAUACAAAUACAUUUACACUGUCUGAAGUGGAUGUGUGUUCAAGUGGUGUUUCUCAACUGUCACAAAAACAAAAAGGGUCAGUUCUCUACUCAAAGGGACUCCACCACCCUGGGUUUUCCACUUCUCAGGGUGCUAUAGCCGUAGCUGUUACGUUGAGGCCAGGGGGUUCCUCUCUGAAACAUGGCUUUUAGAGCCACACACCACAGAGGCCACUGUGAGGGACUCCGGAACUGGGUAGGGGUCCGAGGGAAGGUAAGAGUCAGCAGUAGUAGUAGAAGUAGGGAUUCUUGGGGUGGGAUCUGAUAAAACGAGAUGAAAUGUAUUUAAAGAGCGGUUGAGAAAAGAGUAAGACUGUGGAAACGGGAAGAUGGGAGGGGAGGGAAGAGUGGUGGGAGAAAGAACUGAAAACCAUUUUCCAGAGAUGGAACCAGGCCCACCAACAGUACCAUUUUUCAGAUAUGGAACCAGGCCCACCAACAGUACCAUUUUUCAGAGAUGGAACCAGGCCAGCAAACGGUCAUUGUUUUAGUCUGUAUAUUCUGCUAUUCUAUGAUUAUAAUGAUGACAUGAUGUAUGAAAACACUAACAAACGUUUUUUUUUUUGUACACAGGUGCCAGCUAGCCUGUUUCUGACUAUUUAUAAAGGAUUAACUGUCCACUAUUGUUAUACGAUGAUGAUGAUGAUACUUAUUAUUAUUGAUACAAUUACUCUGUGGAGGGUUGGUACUAAUUAUGAUACUGUCUGUACUGAUAAUGAAAUGCCCUUUUCCUCUUGACGAAGGGAGCUUUCUUGAGGGUCUGUCUGUUUCUCUGUUUGUCCUUGUCUUCGGUCUCUCUUGGUUUUUGUAAAUGAAUUGAAUGGCUGUUUAUUUAGCCCCAUCUGGUGGACAUUACUCUGUAACAUUGCAGUCUAUUGCAGGCAUCAUAUUGUAUCGUAUAAAGGCUCACCACCAACCGUUCUGUGUCUGGCAGAGGAAGCCCAGUUCUGAUAUUUUCACUAAUUGAUCUUUUGACCAAUCAACUCUGAAAAAUAUCUGAUGUGAAAAGACCUGAUGUGAUUAGUCAAAAGACCAUUGGUGGAAAACAAAUACCAGAGUUAGACAGGUUGUUUUUACACAGGCAAUGUGACGGACUGACAUACUUACUACUCAACAGUGUUAACAUGCUAGGAGUGACCAAACCCUGCAUGUUCAGGGUUGCACAAACCAGUUAUGAAUGUAUAUUAUGGACCCUGUAUGUUUGAAUAUAUGAGCUGUUUUAAGAUCUCAUACUUCAUGUGUGAAAUCUGUGUUUUAAUGUGUUUUGUCUGUCCUGCUCCAUGUCUGGGUGCAAGUUGCAUCCUACUGUGCCUCAUCGACCCGCCUGUGUUCUUCUCACCAACGCUUCUGUUAAUUUAUGGCCAUCUUGUAUCUGUGUCUAGUUUCUCUACGUGUCCAUCUGUAGUGUCUUGCAUUAUACAGACAGGCCCUCCCACUCCUCAGUCUCCAGCAACGAUUGUGCAAUAAACUGAAGUCUAUAUUUUUAAA